CAACUUUGUUUCAAUUUUUUUUUUAUCGAAUUAAUAUCUUGUGAAUUUCCUUGUUGAAUUAUUAGGUUUCUUGCAAAAUGGGUUUUCGUUUUUUUUUUUCACUUUUGAGAACCCAUUAACGGAUUCAUGAAUUGGACGCUAAAAAGAUUGGCGAGAGUGGAGUGAUCGUACUCGUGGCUCUCAUGGGGGAUUUUCUUGUUGGGUUUGUGUUGCCUUUGCUCCUACUAACAGCUGCUUUAGUCAAUUGGAGUUUGAUCUCCCUUGUUGAUUUGAUAGCUUUCCUUUUUAUUCAAUUUACUGCUCCAAAAUCAGGAUUUCAGUUUCGAAGAAGAUUUUUGUUACUUUGGCCUGUCAUUAUCUUUUCUCUACUUGUUAUUCUUUGUCAAGUGAUAUAUAUUAUAGUAUGGACAUUUGAGGGUUAUAAAUGGAGUAUAGCAGACGCUUGGUGGGCAAAGCUUAUUGGUUUUAUGAUAGUCCAGUCCUGGAGAUCCCCCUCUGUAAUAUAUUUCUUGGUUGCCCAACUAUUAUCUGUUUUUGUUGCUUUAGUUGAUAUAUACUUGAACAAAUUUGAUCCGGAGCCAUGGCAGAAUUCCUGUUGGGGUCAUCUCUUAACAGUUGUUGAACAUUUAGGUUCUCAUCUUAGGGUUGCUUCCUGUUUGAUGUUGCCCGCUGUUCAACUGGUUGUGGGAAUUAGUCAUCCUUCAUGGGUUUCUCUACCAUUUUUUAUUGGCAGCUGUGCUGGUGUUGUAGAUUGGUCUUUAACCAGCAAUAUUCUUGGACUUUUCAGGUGGUGGAGGCCUCUUCAGCUGUAUGCAGGCUUUAACAUCGUCCUACUUUAUGUCUAUCAGCUCCCAGUAAAUUUCCCAAAUAUUUUUCUACGGGUUGCUGAUUUUAUUGGUCUGUUUAAAAUAUCUGCAAGGUCCGAGUGGCCCGAAAUCUGCUGUGGGUUUUCUCUUGUACUUUUCUAUAUCAUGCUAUGUUGGAUUAGAUGUGAUUUGGAGGAAAUGGAUUUUAUUAUGUCCUCUAGAGAAAGUAGCUUGACAGAGCAACUUCUGCCGUCCAAACAUUCAUUUUUCAUUCGUGAAUCAAGAUGUUAUAUUUGCAGAUCUGGCAUUCGGCAUUCAAACGUUUUGUUAAGGGGAGCAGUUUUUCGAACAUUUAGUAUCAACUUCUUCACGUACGGUUUUCCGGUCUCCUUGUUUGCUCUUUCCUUUUGGAGCUUCCAUUUUGCAAGUGUCUGUGCAUUUGGGCUACUUGCAUAUGUUGGCUACAUUAUAUAUGCCUUCCCUUCCUUAUUCCAUUUGCACCGGUUAAAUGGGAUGCUGCUUGUCUUCAUUCUCUUAUGGGCUGUUAGCACAUACAUUUUCAAUGUAGCAUUUGUGUUCUUGAAUUGGAAACUUGGAAAGGACAUGGAAAUUUGGGAGAUGGUUGGGCUGUGGCAUUAUCCCAUACCUGGUUUCUUUCUGCUUGCUCAAUUCUGUCUUGGCGUUUUGGUUGCAUUGGGUAAUCUUGUGAACAACUCUGUUUUCCUCUACUUGUCUGAUGAGGAUUGGCGAUCUUCUAAUGAACCUUCAACUGUUGAAGUGGAACAAGAGACCAAGGUAUUUGUUGUAGCCACAAUUGCUUGGGGAUUGUGCAAAUGCUCUAGGGCUGUCAUGUUGGCGCUUAUAUUUAUCAUUGCAAUGAAACCUGGUUUCGUCCAUGCUGUGUAUAUGAUAUUCUUUCUGAUAUAUCUUUUGAGCCACAACAUCAGCAGAAAGAUACGCGAGUCCCUGAUUCUUCUGUGUGAAGCUCAUUUUGCACUUUUGUACAUUCUUCAGAUUGAUUUGAUCUCUAAUGCUUUCGAGCAAAAAGGCUCUCUAAGUAUGGAAAUUCUUUUACAGCUGGGUCUUCUCAAACAAGACAGCUCCUGGGAUUUCUUGGAAAUAGCUUUGCUUGUUUGUUUCUGUGCAAUUCAUAACCAUGGUUUUGAGAUGCUAUUUUCAUUCUCAGCAAUUGUGCAGCAUACCCCUAGCCCUCCAGUUGGAUUUAGUAUUUUAAAAGCUGGUCUGAGCAAAUCAGUCCUCUUGUCAGUGUAUGCUUCCUCGACGACAAAAUACAGCCAUGAUAAUCCUUCUUAUGAGAGAAGGAUAGCAUCGUUUCUUAGUACAAUUGGGCAGAAGUUUCUUUCAAUGUACCGAUCAUGUGGGACCUACAUUGCUUUUCUUACUAUUCUCUUCACAGUGUACCUAGUGACACCCAAUUAUAUAUCGUUUGGGUAUAUCUUCCUUCUCCUUGUGUGGAUUAUUGGAAGGCAACUUGUUGAGAAAACAAAAAGACGCCUAUGGUUCCCUUUAAAAGCAUAUGCUAUUACGGUGUUUGUGUUCAUCUAUAGCUUGAGUAGUUUCCCCAGCUUUCAGAUUUGGUUGUCCAGGUUAACAGAUCUUGAUAUUUACUUGGGUUACAAUUCAGAAGCUUCUUUGCUGAAAAAUGUUUGGCAAUCUCUAGCAGUCUUGAUUGUGAUGCAACUUUAUAGUUAUGAAAGGAGACAAAGCAAGUAUAACAGGCUAGAUGAUUCCAAUCUCUUGCAUUCUGGUUUACCAGGUUUCAUCAAACGGUUUCUAGUUUGGCACAGCCAGAAGAUCUUGUUUGUUGCAUUGUUCUAUGCUUCUUUAUCUCCAAUUAGUGCAUUUGGCCUUGUGUAUCUACUUGGCGUUGUCAUCUUUUCAACUUUGCCUAAAGCUUCUCGGAUCCCAUCCAAAUCAUCCUUAAUUUACACAGGGCUUCUAGUAACAACUGAGUAUCUGUUUCAGAUGUGGGGAAAACAAGCAGGGAUGUUUCCUGGGCAAAAGCACUCUGAUUUAUCCCUUUUUUUGGGUUUGCAUGUAUAUAAGCCCGGUUUUUGGGGCCUAGAAUCAGGCUUGAGGGGAAAAGUGCUCGUGAUUGCUGCAUGUACCCUUCAGUACAAUGUCUUCCGUUGGUUGGAGAAGAUGCCUAGUAGUAUUUUAAACAAAGGAAAGUGGGAGGAGCCUUGUCCACUGUUUGUCUCAGCCGAAGAUGUCCUCAUUAAUGCUUCUCAUUCUGAUGAGGAAAAUAAGCCAUCACCAGAUCCCUGUGCUCUCUCUCUCAAACGAAAAAGUGUGACAAGUAAUUCAUGGCCAUCUUUCACUUCUCAUCAGGCUCACACACCUAAUUCUGUGUCCUCCAAACCGGGAGGUUCUGAGGGUAGUGGCACUAAAAUAUUUUCAUUUGGAUAUAUCUGGGGGAGCACCAAGGAGAGUCAUAAGUGGAACAAGAAGUGUAUUCUUGCAUUGAGAAAGGAGAGAUUUGAAACACAAAAGACCCUCUUAAAAAUAUAUAUGAAGUUUUGGAUAGAGAACGUGUUUAAUCUCUUUGGCCUUGAGCUAAACAUGAUUGCACUGCUUCUUGCCAGUUUUGCUCUGUUGAAUGCCAUCUCUUUGCUGUACAUUGCAUUGCUUGCUGCUUAUGUUCUUCUGAAAAAGCGAAUUAUAUGUAAAUUGUGGCCCAUAUUGGUCUUCUUGUUUGCUACCGUUCUCAUCCUGGAAUACUUUGCCAUCUGGAAGAAUAUGUCGCCUUUGAAUCAACAUAUCACAGGUGCCCCUAGUGUACGCUGCCAUGACUGCUGGAGAAGCUCAGCUCAAAAUUUCCAAUAUUGCAAGAAUUGUUGGCUGGGACUGGUGGUUGAUGAUCCCCGGAUGCUUAUCAGCUAUUUUACAGUCUUCAUGCUUGCUUGUUUCAAGCUCCGUGCUGAUCUUGUGUCAAGUUUCUCAGGCUCAUCAUCAUAUCAUCAAAUGAUUUCUCAAUGUAAAAACUCAUUCAUUUGGAGGGAUCUUUCCUUUGAAACUAAAAGCAUGUGGACCUUUCUUGACUAUCUGAGGCUUUACUGUUACUGCCAUCUAUUGGAUCUUGUGCUUGCAUUGAUUUUGAUUACUGGAACCCUGGAGUAUGACAUUCUGCACCUUGGUUAUCUUGCUUUUGCUCUUGUUUUUUUUCGGAUGAGACUUGAAAUCCUGAAGAAGAAGAACAAAAUAUUCAAGGUCUUGCGUAUAUACAACUUUGCCCUAAUCAUUCUUUCUCUUGCUUAUCAGUCCCCAUUUGUGGGGGAAUUUAGUUUGGGGAAGUAUGAAACGAUAAACUAUAUAUUUGAGAUGAUUGGAUUUUAUAAGUAUGACUAUGGCUUCCGUAUUACUGCAAGAUCUGCGCUUGUUGAGAUUAUCAUAUUCAUGUUGGUAUCACUUCAAUCAUACAUGUUCUCUUCCCAGGAGUUUGAUUAUGUCUCACGGUAUCUUGAGGCAGAGCAAAUUGGUGCCAUUGUGCGUGAGCAAGAGAAGAAAGCUGCCUGGAAAACUGCACAGUUACAGCAUAUUCGUGAGAGCGAGGAAACAAUACGCCAGCGUCACUUGCAAGUGGAGAAGAUGAAAUCUGAGAUGCUCAAUUUGCAAAUACAGCUUCACAGCAUGAACUCGAUUGCUAAUGGUGGUAAAAUUACUCCUGAUACUGAAGGCCUGAGAAGGAGGAGGAGUACUUCUCUUUCUGCAAAUAUUGAAUCUGGGGCCACAAUCAAAGGAGAAGACCCUAUCAGGAAGCAAGAGCAGAUUGUAAAAGCAAAUUCGGAGUUCCUAUUUGAAGUGCAUGAAUUACCUACUAGUGUCAACACCGAAAUUCCUGCUGCAAUGGAGUCUCCAAAGUAUUCACUGGGGUCGCCUCUCUGUGAAAUCACCGAGAUCGAACAAGAUUUUACUGACACUGCAUAUUUUGAUUCAAACAAAAAUGUGAAAGGCCAAGCAAAGGAAAAUCCUUUAAUUUCUGCAGUACAACUUAUUGGGGAUGGAGUUUCCCAGGUACAGUCUAUUGGAAAUCAGGCUGUUAACAACCUUGUGAACUUCUUGAACAUCACUCCAGAAGAUUCUGACAUGACUGAGCCAUCCACUGCUGAGGAUGAGGCAUACAAUGAAAUGGAGAGCCAGAAUACGAGGCACAUGUCUCUGGAUCGUUCAUCUUCGGUGCAGUCUGACAAGAGUUCUGAUACUACAAGUUUGCAGAUAGGAAGGAUAUUCCGUCACAUAUGGUCCCAAAUGCGAUCUAAUAAUGAUUUUGUGUGUUAUUGCUGCUUUGUUCUUGUUUUUCUAUGGAACUUCAGUUUGCUUUCAAUGGUGUAUCUUGCAGCACUGUUCUUGUAUGCUCUAUGUGUGCAUACUGGCCCAAGUUGCUUCUUCUGGGUUAUCAUGCUAAUUUACACUGAAAUGUAUAUUUUGGCUCAGUAUCUAUACCAAAUUAUUAUCCAGCACUGUGGGUUAAGUAUUAAUUCACAUCUGCUGCGAGCAUUAGGAUUUCCCUCACAGAAAAUCAGUGCGUCGUUUGUUAUCAGUUCAUUGCCUCUUUUUCUUGUCUACUUAUUUACCCUCUUACAGAGGUCUAUAACUGCGAAAGACAGUGAAUGGAUACCCUCGACAUACUUCAAUUUUCGUAGGAGAAGUACUUUCAGUGGGAAAGUCGUGCUUGUGAAUUAUAGUUGGAGCCAAAGGGUCCAGGCCCUGCUCCAACUAAUCACAAAUGGUGUAAAAUUGAUAAUCAGAAGAUUCUUCAGGUACUGGACAUCACUAACUCAGGGAGCAGAAUCUCCUCCUUACUUUGUCCAGCUAUCUAUGGAUGUUCACUUGUGGCCAGAAGAUGGGAUACAGCCAGAGAGGGUCGAGUCUGGAAUAAACCAAUUGCUCAAAAUUGUUCAUGAUGAGAGAUGCACAGAAAAAAACCCGAGUCUUUGCCCAUUCACUAGCAGCGUUAAUGUUCAAAGCAUUGAAAGAAGUUUGGAAAACCCAAAUGUUGCGUUGGUUGUUUUGGAGGUGGUGUAUGCCUCACCAUUGUCUGGGUGUGCUUCAGCAGAGUGGUACAAGUCACUAACUCCUGCAGCCGAUGUAGCGAAAGAGAUUCUUAAAGGACAAAGUGCUGGGUUUGUUGAAGACUUGGGAUUUCCAUACCAAAUACUCUCUGUAAUUGGGGGAGGCAAAAGAGAAAUUGAUCUCUAUGCCUACAUUUUUUGUGCUGAUUUGACUGUAUUCUUCCUAGUUGCCAUUUUUUACCAAUCUGUCAUAAAAAAUAAAAGUGAAUUUCUUGAUGUUUACCAGCUUGAAGACCAGUUUCCGAAGGAGUUUGUAUUUAUCUUAAUGAUCAUCUUCUUCCUGAUUGUUCUUGAUCGCAUAAUUUACCUUUGCUCAUUUGCCACAGGAAAAGUGAUUUUCUAUCUAUUCAACCUUAUUCUCUUUACAUAUUCAGUUACAGAGUAUGCUUGGCACAUGGAGCCCUCCCAUCAACAUGCUGGAGGGUUAGCUCUACGUGCUAUAUUUCUUGCAAAAGCAGUUUCUCUAGCACUACAGGCAAUACAAAUCCGGUGUGGGAUUCCUCACAAAAGCACCUUGUAUCGACAGUUUUUGACAAGUGAAGUUUCACAAAUUAAUUACCUUGGCUAUAGAUUGUAUCGUGCCCUACCAUUCCUAUAUGAACUGCGAUGUGUACUUGACUGGUCAUGCACAUCCACAUCUUUGACCAUGUAUGACUGGCUGAAGCUGGAGGACAUACACGCAAGUCUGUACCUCGUCAAAUGUGAUGCAGUCUUGAAUAGAGCUAAGCACAAACAAGGAGAGAAGCAAACAUUAAUGACCAAAUGUUGCAAUGGCAUAUGUCUGUUCUUCAUAUUAAUCUGUACUAUAUGGGCUCCUAUGCUGAUGUACAGCAGUGGUAAUCCAACAAACAUUGCAAACCCCAUUAAAGAUGCCAGUGUUCAAAUUGAUAUUAAGACUAAGGGUGGAAGGUUGACAUUGUAUCAAACCACUCUCUGUGAAAAGCUCGAAUGGGAUAACUUCAAUUUUGAAGUUAAUCUUGAUCCCCAUAAUUAUCUGGAUACAUAUAAUAAGAAUGAUAUUCAGUUAAUAUGCUGUCAAUCGGAUGCAAGUAUUUUGUGGCUUGUUCCUGACGUGGUUCAGACUAGAUUUAUCCAGUCCCUUGACUGGGAUAAGGAUAUUGAUAUUAGUUUUACUUGGGUACUUACAAGAGAUCGACCUAAAGGCAAGGAAGUGGUGAAAUAUGAAAAAGAUGUUUAUGCUCAGGAUCUUCCGAAACCCUCAGAUGUUCAAAAAGUCCUCAAUGGUUCUGCUAACAGCUUUAUCAUAUAUAAUCUUUAUCCAAGAUACUUUCGUGUUACUGGUUCUGGUGAUGUCAGACCUUUUGAACCAGAGGUAAAUGGAGUUAGUGCAGAUCUUGUUCUAAAUCGUGCAGAUUACAGUUGGUGGUCCUUCCAUGAUAUCAACUCAUCCGAUAUAAGGGGUUGUGGAGGUUUGACAGGGCCCAUAGCAGUUGUAGUCUCUGAGGAAACACCACCGCAAGGUAUUCUUGGCGACACUCUCAGCAAGUUCAGCAUUUGGGGUCUCUACAUAACCUUUGUGCUUGCUGUUGGCCGUUUUAUCAGACUUCAAUGCUCCGACUUAAGAAUGAGAAUCCCUUAUGAGAAUCUGCCUUCCUGUGACAGGUAAAUGCAUAAUUGUUCUGACUUCUGAGGCCCUGUUUUUAUUCUUAUUUGCAACAAUAAAGGAUGCCGUAAAUGUGAAAAUGCAACAAUGAUUUUUCUUCUCUUCUUUUACUUAUGUUUAGAUAGAAACAACAAAUUAGAUUCACAUUUUGGAGGUUUCCUUUGGUCAUGAGUCCUUCACAUGAAGUUUCUCAAUUUUCAUGUACAAGUAAAUAAUUGCCUCCUUUUUGGUUUAAAGCAUAAAUGUGUCCUGUAGUUGCUUUUGUCAGUUUGCUUUGAUUUUUAUCCUUGAUGCCUAAAGAGGUUAAUGGAGAAGCACUUGUUGACUCGGUGUUCUUCUCCUAACCAAAACCUGGUUAUAUUUUGUUGAUGUAGGUUGUAGCCAUCUGUGAGGAUAUAUACUCGCAAAGGAGCAGGGUGAGCAUGGAGUUGAAGAGGUCCUUUACUGGACACUAGUGAAAAUUUACAGUCGCCACACAUGCUGCUCGAGUACACCAACCAGACUAGGUUGUGGAAGCUGAAACUGUUCAUGCUGCAUAGGACCUAACCUACACUCUAUGGUCAAACAAAUACCGAUUCUUCAAUUUGUGACCGUAAGAAAUGUCUUGAAGGUAUCAUUCUUCGGCCAGGGGCUUAAACAUAGGAUUUUGAAGUUUCCAUGUAUAUAUAAUCUGCAGACCACACAG